AGAAACAGAGCAAAGACAAGAUCCCCCGGACACCAGAUCGAAAUGAACAUAAUCGGAUCUCUAUCGUCAUUUCCCUCAUGAAAUUACCAAUAAUAGGGAUCAAGCAACUAGUUCCUUGCGCAAGAUGAUAUGUAUUUCGAAAAUUGUCUUCUAUGUAGUUAGAUGAAGUUUCCUUUUGCACAAUAUUUUUGCGACCAGGUUUAUUUUGGAUUAUCGUGAUUCGGAGUCGUGAUUUAUCAACAUCAAGUAGCAUUAGCAUUUAUUAUACCUCAUUAUCUUAUUGCAGCGGUGUUCUAAGAGUUUUUAUUUUGAAGAGCUUAUCACAACAAGUAAAGUAUAACCCUUUUUUUCCGUGCGACCAUCGGAAUCGAAAAACGCCAAGAGCUGUCCCGAGUAGAGCUUAUUUGCAAUACAAACUUUGUGCUGUUGGUUGUAUUUCUAUUGUUUUAUCUGCUCCACCUCGGUAAGAUCCUCAUCUUCUGUCGUGUCGCAAGCGCAGAUUCGCUGCUUCACAAAUUCUAAUUCACUGGUGCGAAUUAUCAGUAAGAUUUGGUCCGCCACGAGCAUGAGGACAAAUCUUCAAUCGCGCAGCAGGACCGUCGGCGCAGGAUCCGCAGUCGCACCGAGGAGGAUGGAGGAGCACUCGCGGUACCUUCUCGACGACCAAGAAGAGGCACUCUAUGGGAAUGUCGGUUGGGAACCUAUCAUAAACGGCACGGGUGGAGAUGAAGUUAGAGUGCCAUACUCAGGCAAAAGAAAUGAAAGCUCGUACCUUCGCCCAUUUUUUCCAGGCACAAGAUAGAGAAACAAAAUGGGAAUCUUCAUUUACGCGUAUGCCGUGAGCAUGCGCAGUCCACCCAGACCCAGGUUUUUAUUUCACCGUAGUAGAAGUAUCGGAGCGCUCUAGGUUGUAGCUGUAGGUUUUUGACUUUUGAUUCUGCUCGUGAUAUUCAGCACGCCAUUCAAUUUUCUAGUCCAGGCUCUGCCUCUGCAUAGUUGUAGCUCAGUCUCAUCUUCGCCGCCUCGGGUUGCAGCAAGACGCCCACGACAAGCUUUCCUGCGAAUUGUAAGUUUUGAUAUUUUUCCGCUAGUACGACCGCUGCCAGAACUACAAAUAAAAGUUUCCCUCCCGACAUUUUCAUACGCUGCUCUCCGGUACAGGCCGAUAUCGGGUCGCCGCAGCAGGGGAGGGAGAAGGACGAGAGGACUUUGACAACAACUUCUACGCCGCCGCCAGCUCGUCCUCAUCAACGAUGAUCAAUGCUGACGCAGCGGCAGUCGCAUCAAGCAAGACGUCCCCAACUUCGGGACUCCUCAGCAACGCAGCAGCUCCGGUUCGACAGGCCCGAAGAUCCCGCGCCGGCUCUAACAACAUUACGAGAGUGCAGAGGACCUCCCCGCCCCGCUUCCCGUCACUUGCAGGUGGAGGGCCUGAGAAGCAACAUAAGCCAGUCCUCAACUGGUCCUACUGUUGUAGCUGGCUCAUGCUGAAAAUUAUGAAAUCUCCACAGGGGGAUCAGGAUCACAUGAAGGCGUGGGCAUCAUCAUCUUCCAAAACUUGUUGUCAUGCAAAAACUACAAAGUGCUCAAUUCCAAAAGAUAAAUGGAAUAAAUAAGUAUGCGUUAGAGAUGAUGUUGUAUUUUGGUUUUGCUUGCCAAUGCUAAAUGACGGGGACGAGGCGGACGAGUUGUGCGCUCUGAUAAACAUCGAGCAUGACCUUAUGAAGUCCGCAUCGACGAGUAGCGACGAUAUGAAAUUGCACAACUUCAACUCCCCCUCGCUCUCAUUUGGAUGGCUGUGGCAUUCACAGCAAUGCGAGCGCUGCCAAAGAGAAAGAAGCAGCUUCUGCAUGACAAUGCCAAUGUAUUGUGUGCAUAAGUUUUGCACGACAAUUUUAUCUGCAUGGUCUGCCUGUGCACCCUCUAAUGGAAGAAAAAAAAGUCGGAUGAAAUCGGGCCGGCAGACCAGGCCAUCGGGCUGACAACGUGCGUCAGGGGCCGCCAGUCGUUCACUCAUUCGUUACAUCAAGUACGCCCUGCCGUUAGUCUCCCAACAUGGCAAAUUCUUCACGACCAAUUUUAGUGCUGUUUCGCGUUCGGCUUCGGGAAUCUCUUAUGCAUAUGCAAGCAGUUCUAAGAUGCAGGGCAGGGGAGAGAUAGAGAUUUGAUAUUUUGCGUGACAAAUGAGACGGAGGGGGACGAGUUGUGCAUUCUCAUAAACGACGAGGACGACGACGCGGAAGUAGAUACCUCUAUGGAGACGGAUGAGGUCGCGCACCCGGUCAGUUUUUGGGGUACUGUUGCGAAUCAGGUUCUGGCGGCUUUAGGAACGGGGGUUCUGUCGCUGCCCCUGAACGCCACUUCUGCUGGGAUAAUCAACACGGUACUUCAUGUAGUUGUAUUUCAGAGCGAUCAGUCCAAACAGUGCAAUCGAUCGGAGUACUUUUUUAAGUAAAUGAUCUUGCGCGCAGCCUGAGCCUUUUCAGAUCAAAAAUAGAAACUACCUGCUCUGGCACUGGCUCUUAUGAAAAAUGAAGAACUGCGUGCAGAAAAAGGUAGAACGAGAUUAAAAAACAAAGGAAAGCAUGAUAAGCAAAUGGAAAUGAUCUGGCAGAAGCACAAUAUCAAUUUACUAUUCGCGACAUCGUGCAUCGCGACGAGCCCGCAAAUAAAGCGCGGCGGUACUGUAGGAGAAUUUGAUCUUGCAGGAGAUGGAGAAAUAUUGAAAACCAAUCCUACUUCAGGUUGUGAUCACGGCUCUGCUAAUGUGGCUGAACUACGUCUCAGUCAUGUGGCUCGUCCGCGCGGCUGAGAAGCACCAGAUCUGGGAAAUGGACAAGCUGCUGGAGAAGGUCCGCUGCGGCCGGCUAUGGUUCUGGACGUGCUCCGCCGUCCUGCGUAUCAGCUACAUGAUCGUGCUAGUGUCUUACCUGAUCACUUUUCGCGACAGCGUUUUCCGGAUCUUGGAUCGGUUUGUUCCGGUCGAAGAGACUGCGCCGGAGAGCAUGCGUACCCGCCUGGAAAGUAUGCUUUCCUUGGAGCCGGAGACGAGCUACGCCGACGCACUCCUGUCGCGCCAAGUGCAGCAUUUGGAGACGCAGGAUCGGACGGAGUUUCCCCUUGGCGGAUUCAAGGUAGGUUUCUUCUCGCUGAUCACCCUCGGCGCACUGCUGGUAGUAUCAAACUAAAAACAAUCCUCUACCGCACCGCAGAUUUUGAUUUUGUCAUCGAAUAAAACACAAGUAGAAGAGUUAACGUUAAGUUUAAGUAACCAUCAGGAGCAUGGUGACAUGAUAUUCCUCGACCGCUCCUAGUUGUACUGCUUUGUUUAUUUUCUACUUACUAUCAAUCUCCUCGUCGAAGCUGCGUACGCGGCGCGUACGCGUCAGCCGAAUUCUGUAUCUGUUUGACGAAAAAUCGCAUGACGGAGAGGAUUGUUUCACUCUUGAUAGCUCGCUCCGCUGGUCUUCUUCCCCCUCAAGUGGCUCAGCUACACCAGUUACUUCAGUAUCUUUGUGAACCUGUCCGUGCUGAUCAUCAUCUUCGUCAACUUCGCGCUGCAGAAGGACCAGCUGCCAGGCCACCCGGGAGGCUAUUGGUAUGCGACCCAGGAUCUGUGUCUCUUCGGCCUCAACACCGGUAGUUUCGGCCUCAUGUCGUCCCUCGUGAUGGCCUUCAGCGUGCAGCCGGGCAUGCCCGCCAUGUACCAGGAAAUGGAGAACCGCAGCGUCGAGCGAUUCGGGAAGGCCAUGAAGAUUUCGACCGUCUUCAUGUUCUGCCUUUUUCUCCUCUUCUAUCAGAGCAGAAUCGCCUACCCAGCCUAUUAGCAUCGAUCUAAGCGCCCCCCUUUUGUCAUGCAGUUGUGCACGCCCAGCGGCUGAUGUCUACUUCGCAAGUGGCAUAUCAGUAUAGUCAGACGAGUAAUUUUUAUCGAAGAAGAAGCUGUUGAAGAACUGGACGAGAUAUGAGUCGACUGCAUCGCUCCUGAUGAAUGGCUGCAAUAUGUAUAUGAUCAACCUUUACAACAUGUACAUGAACAUACAUUCUUUCUUGCGAACUGUAUCUGUAAUACAUACCAUAUCGAUCUUGACAACAAGCUCAAGCAUGUGAUCACGUAUAUCAAUGAGCACCGUUCUGAUGAUGUUCCAGUUGUGCUGCCCUACGACCGUAGGCGUGCUCUAGCUCUUGCUUUGUAUACUUAUGUCCAUUUUUGUCGAGCAUGACAGGUAAAAAGGGUAAGAAGAUGCAUGCAGCAGUGCGGGACGAUUAGUUGGGGGCUUUUGCGCUGGCGUAGAAGAUUUUCUGUGCGAUGCCGUUCCUUUCUUCAGCAUGAUGACCUAUGGUGACGAACUGCAAGGAAACGUGCUGAUGAACCUCCCCAAGGAUGCCUGGUAUACUCCUGCCGUCAUGAUUGGGAUGGCCCUGGUGGUGCUCUGUGUCUUUCCCAUGAUCCACUACCCGAUGAUAUCAAAUUGAGAAGUGCCACGCCUCUAGAAAGUAGCAAGCGAAGCGUUUGCAUUGCACAGGUUCCGCACGACCCCCGUAGAGACCUUUUCUCUUGCGUUAAGGGCGGUCGCGCUUUCCUUCAGAACCUGUCCGCAUCAUGCAGCUCUGCAGACACCAGAUGCCGCAGAUAUUAGAUAUUGUAGCGCGGCGCAGGAGUAGAUCUCGCUACUCUGAGACUGAGCCACGAAAGCGCGCUGUUGACCGUUCGUCCAAAGCGGCAAGCUUUCCCGAGUUUGCUAGGGCGCAUGAUUGAGUAGAAAGCUUCUCCGUGCAAACACUUCGCAGCUAGCCGACUCUGGGGCAGGGACGCUUCUCAUCGUGAUAAAUGAAGAUCGGCUUUCAGAGUAGGUGGUGGACGCUCGCCUGGACGGUAUAAUCAAAUGAUAUUAUUAAAAGUUUUUCGUCAUCCUUAUCGCAUCUUUUUGGAGGAGACUAUGUUUGGGCUGCUCAGCUCCUCGUAUUCUUUGUUAUAGCAGGGGCACUCCUGCUCAUGUCUUCUACCAAGUUGUAAGACAUCAACUCUUACUUCCACCUUCCUCGAUCGAGAUCUUUCAAAUAUUCCCUUGGUCACAGAUGAAGAUGAUUUUAUAUAUAUUACAUCCGGAUUCGCCGCACAAAGUGUAGGCACGAACUGCGAAAAUUAUGAAUGCUACUGUCGACUCGGUCUAGUUGUUGCAGCUGCGAUAUUUAUCCUCCGUCGUGGAAAAACAAUCCAGAGUUUAUUGUUCUUGGCAGGAAAAUGUUGAGACGUGGUUUAUUGACAUAUUUACAACAGAUUGGGCCCGUGAUCGCAGCCUGGGCAUUGGCGGUGGUUUGCGCGACUAUGGGUUGGGAGUUGGAUUUUCUAAAUAACGUGUAUCACUGCAAAAACCUCCUCCGUGCGACCACUCCCACAUGAUGGCAGUGGGAUCUCUGUGUCCGUGUCUGGGUACGGGACUUGCAAGCAUGCGGAUAGACAUCCUCGGCAGAACGAAGUAUGUCAUGAAUUGCCUCGCGGCUGUAUAUGAAGAAUGCGAGGACUGAACCAAAAGAAACACACGACGAACCUCACAAGCUUGCUUCUUUUGAGUGUUUUUUGCACAAAAUUCCGAAGGGACCCCGCCAUAUUGAGUAAAAUUUUACGUAGUAGAAUGAAGUAGCUGGAGUUCUAUCUCUAUGUGGUGUGGUUGUACAUAAAAUUAAAGUUCCUUCGAGGCAGGCUGCCAUGGCAAUUUUAUCUUGUGCUGCAGGAGCUGUUUCAUGUCGCUUGUGCUCAUGUCUGGGGGUGGACGCGCGAGGUUUUUCCUGGGACAACGUUUCCGGCGCAAUCAGUGCGUUUUUCUUUCUGGCUUUUUUUCCAGCGCUGAUUGGCCUCGAACUGGUGGAGUUAUGAAAACCAAAAAAGGUCGAACAAGCCCCAGUAUCAGUUCGCUGCGGUUUUUUUGCAUUCGGAAACACAAGAAGCUGUGUCGUCAGAAGCGUCGGUGUGGCCGAUGUUGUAUUUUGGUACACAGCGGAAGCAUGACGAGCCAGGACUCGUUCUUGAGUAUGAGUUACGCCCAUCACAAUGAAUCGCACUGACGUCAUUCAUACCCGCAUCCCGCUACGAUCUGACCCUGGGGCAGAGCUUAUUUUCGCUUCCAUAGGAAGAGCUGCCAUCGUACUGGAGCGGCAAGGGCGUUCUCAAGUACUGGCUCUUCAGUCUGUUUGGCCUCGCGGCUAUGGUUCUCGGCUUGUUUUACCCGGAGGGCAUUCUCCAGUACCGGACCUGGGGGCCGCAAGAGACCGUUCAGGACCCUGCCGUACAGGUACAAACUUACGCAAUAGCAAACUAAUCUACUCGGCUCGGUUCUACUUGCUGGCCGAUAAUAUAUCGACGAAGUUCUUCGAAGGCCUUUACCAUUUUUACCACUGGCACUGUACAAAAAAUGUAGCCACCCUCGGAAAUUAUGAUGGUGCUUAUCGAAUGUGAUUACUUCUACCUCCGAGGCCGUAUUUUUAACAAACCAAAAACAUCGACUGCACAGGUCGGCGGAUAUACGGCUGGACCCUGGCAACAGCCUGCGAACGCACCUUUCCAAAAGGUUGCGUGGAAUCCUGCCGUGCAUGGAAACCUAAUAUCGAUGGGGGCAGUUGUAUCAGAAUGGACACCGCCGCGCCCCCAGGAUGAACAUUGCUUGCAAAUGUGAUUUGUAUUGCUAUUGCAAUGAUCUUCGAGAAAUGCGCUGAUCAUUAUAAAUUAGACAUUUAUAGGAACGCUGUGCAGCAUGAUAGCGCCGAAAGCCACGACGCGCUACCUAGAAUUUUGAAGUUGGGCAGCCGAGGAGCUACAGGCUUAUUUACGAGAUGAUAAAGUCCGCAUGUACUUACAAAGGCGCCCUGUAGCAGCACAGACUCUUGCUUAUAUGUGCGUGUGCUCUCCGCAAGUUGGUAACCAACUGUUCUACGUCCUACGCAGUGCAAGCAAUGCUUUUCUCUGAGGCAGCAGUGAUGGCUUUUCAUUGCGAUAAACAGCCGGCCUGACCUUGGCGACGCCGCCGCAGCCGGCGAGCCUUUUUGAUCUCGGCUCUACAUAUCAGGACCGGCGAAUCUCCAACCUUCUGCCUAAGUGGAAGGACUACAAGGAAAGCCUCGUUUCCGCAGUACAGAGACAGACUCUCUUCUUUUAAUGACUUUGUGAAAAGGAUGACGAGGAAAGGAUGGUAGGUCCUCGAUCCGAUUCUCUACGUGUACGUUCUUUUGUCUAGAUAUUUAUAGAGUUGUAGUCGGCUGCUCUGCGCAUAUGACUGUGAUCAUCUCCCGAACAACAAAAGCCACUUUUUCACAACAGCUGGAGUGGGACAAGAGUCGAUAUUUCAAGGACGGUGAAAGCGGAGACCGCAGCGAAUACAAGCGAGCAAGUCGUUCUGCUGUGUACAGCGUCUCGCCAGAUACACCAGUCGACCAAAUCACUUACACGGACGGCACCGUGAUCAACGCCGAGGCCGCGGACAAGGGCGAGGGUAAGAUUGCGGACACAAUCACCUACCUGUUUUUACUGGACCGGAUCACGGACAAGGCCCUUACUCCGGACUGGAACCCGGACACGUCCGCCGACACCCCCGCAGAGCGGCCGAAGCAGGACAAGGCAGAGAUCGUGCCGGCACUGCUGGUUAUGAAAACGAAGCGAGACAUCAUCAUCAUUUUUUGGCCGCCUGUGCUUGCGUGUCCGAGUCAAACUCCUCCACGUUUGAGGACGGCAUCGGAUUCGCGCUCCACACCAGGGCUUGUCGAUAUGAAGUAGAAAUCUUAUGAAUCACGGGCUUGUGAUAUAGAUUCAGACUCAUGACAAAAGGAAAAAGGCAGAUGUACAGCAAAAGUACGUACAGGGACAACUUUAUCUGAACUGCUCUGUUUUAUCGACGAGUAUCACAUCGCUUGUGACUCGUCACCGCGCGAAAGCCAACAUGUUUUGAGAGAUAAACCAAUCCAGACCAAUCCAAGAAAUUAGUGCGAAUAAGAAUAUGAGCCGAAGCUAUAUCAUUUGUAGUAUUCACAGGUCAUGUCAAGGAACGAAUAUACUCACAGAACUUCUGAAAAAUGAUGAUAACUCGUUUCCCAUGUUGCAUAAUCGACGCUGUCAGCAAGAAGUUCGAGAAGAUAAACAAAGAUCCGGCCGCAGUGCAACGCCUGCAGACACAGAGGCUGGACCUGAAGGAUGUCUACUCUGUCUUCCGUCGCGAAACCAAGGGCUACUGCGAAGACAACUGCAAGGCCCGCGCUGCCGCACAGCCGGAAUUCUUUGACUAAAUCUAGUCGCUGCACUGCCUGAGCCUGCACAGGUACUGUAACAAGAGACGAAGAGGCUCCACGACCUGAUGUCGCCUGGUCGUGCCCUUGAUGUUUCUAACUAGAUCAAGAUUAUUCAUCCUCAAAUAAAAGAAAAGAAACAUACGCACGGAGUAGAUCGAGCCACUUCUGCAACAGAAGGAGUUGACACGUCGCGCGACAACAGCUUUUUGAGGACGGAGAGCAAGCGAUGCCGACACGGGCUCCCGUUUUCACCGGUAAUAAAGGCGGAAAUCGUAACUUCGCAGCGUAUUUCGUGGAAACUGUAUUCCUUCGUAGUUGCGGGCGCCAGAAAAGCUUUCAGAGGCACGAACAACGGAGACGGACAGGCUCAGUCUUGUAUUAUUAUAGUCGUAGCACUCCCGCUGUCUCCUGAGCUUCACCUUGUGCCCAGCAGCUCCUGCAAAGUGACUGCUCCUGACUAACUGACGCACAUUGCUGAUGAAGUUGCUCCUGAGUAGUAUCGAUAUGUAUGAUAAUUUGCGUAAGGCAAAAAGAUUAAGCUCGGGAGAAAAUGGCUACACUAAUGAAGUCACAUCGAUAUUCAACAAGGAAAAAUUGGAACAUACAAGAGUCGCCGUAUGAAGAUCAUCGACGGCGCAACUCGAAUGUUGAAGCCUAUGAUUAUGAUACAUAGUCGAGAUGAGAA